UUGUGUCAGGUGUUUAAAGUUCCUUUAAAAUCCCGUUGGAAUCUGACGUUCCACACGGCCGUGACACUUUGCUCUGUUAUUUGCACUGCUCUUGGCCUUAUCGAAGAUCAUUGAGUGAAAAAAAGAAGCACUGGUGUCAGGAGUCACGUGUAAUAUCGCUCGCUAGUAGCAUUUCUGGGCUUAACCUUAACUUUCCCAAAGCUAAAUGAUUCUUUUUCGGAUAGCCAUAAAAUUUCGAAGAAUCAACGUCGAUGCUGUCUAGUUCGUUAAAGAAAAGAUCGUGAAUUUUUAUCGAUCGAUCCAGAUUCACUAUCAACAACGAUCGUUCGCGUCGUAUAACAAAAGGGACGACCCACACAAAGUUUCAUGAAUUCCGUUUUCGAACACCGUCCUUCCGAGUUUCGUUCAUAAAUUCGUAAAACAUCGUUCACAAGGUGUCGAAUAUAUUGGAUUGAAUGCUGGUGAAAUUCACACCUGGGUGAAAUGCCUAAAAUAAAAACCAGGCAACCAAACAGUUUGUGGUUAAGGCAACGCGAAUUAGGCAUAAAGUUCCCUCUGGGACAUGCAGAUCGCUUUCACAAAACUCUUUAUUCCUCGAUUCAGCCUGUUGCUUCGUGGGAUCAUGCAUUGUCUACCGAUCCUCACGGAGGAGUUUUUAACCUAGAAUACUCACCCGAUGGUUCCCUACUGUUAGCAGCAUGCGAGAGGAAGACCAUUUUAAUGUUCGAUCCUUUGACAAGGAGAUUGAUCCAGGCGAUAGAAAAUGCUCACAAUGAUUGUGUCAAUUGUGUCAGAUUCUUGGAUCAAAGUAUAUUCGCAACGUGUUCGGACGACAGUACAGUUGCUCUCUGGGAUGCUAGAAAUUUAAAGCAUAGAAUGAGAAAACUUUAUGGACACUCAAAUUGGGUUAAAAAUAUAGAGUACAGUCCUAAAGAGAGUUUAUUACUUACGAGCGGAUUCGACGGUAGCAUAUACACUUGGGACCUUAAUACUUUUACUGAAAAUAGUAUUUUAUCUAAUCGUGUGUUUCAUACGAAUGGACUGAUGCGAACUAGAUUAAACCCGGAUGCUAGCAAGAUGUUAAUGAGUACCACUUCUGGUUACCUCAUCAUUAUACACAAUCUUAAAUUAAGAACAUUAUCUCAAGACUUAGCAGGAUUUAGACCAAAUAUGUACCGAUUGAUGCAAUCGUCCCAGACUACAAUACCAAAUUUGGAGAAUUUCACGCAUCUCUUUUCCCAUUCUCGUAUAUACAAUAGAGUAGAAUUUGUAACAGAUUUCCCUGUUGGCGACAAUGCAGACAUAAUAUCGAGUUUGCAAGUGCAUCCUCAGGGUUGGUGCGCUUUGUCUAGAAACGUUAGCAACGGGGAAGAGUCUGAGUGGACCUGUGUGCACGAUAUACAAGAGCGUGACGUGUCCGGUUCAGAGGACGAGACAAAAGAAGGGGAAGAAAUGACGACCCAGUUCGACGAUGUGAUCGUCCACGGAUUUGAAGAUUUUCAACAACCGCAACCCUCACGAUCAGGUAUAACAUCCCCGUCCUUAAUAGAAAGUUCGAAUCGUGUCAGGGUAGUUCACACCAUGUCUGACGGGAGAUCAAAUUCGCUCGGAUCGUCGGAUAACGGGCAAGCUACCAGGCCAUCGAGAACCGGUUGGCAAUCGACGUUUCGCAGAGCGUCGCUGUCGCAAUCGAGGAACUCCCGUUCGGAUAGAAACGCGACAAGAGCGGGUCUCGGCGCAGUCGAGAUCAGUUCGAGUUCCGGGUCAUCCAACUCUCGAGUGAGCGCGGACAGGGACGAUGCCAGGCAAGAGGACGUCCAUUAUGUCAGCGAGAACGAAAACAUGCUCGACGACAGGUCUCCGAGACCGCACUCUCAUCUCAACUACUUAAGGCAGAGUAAUAGGAUCGAUAACUUCUCCACGGGUAACAUAGAGUUGCACGUGAGCACGACGGACAUCUGGGAAGCGCACGUGGCGAUCAGGGAGGCUAGGCUCAGAAGGGAAAGGGAUUGGCUUUAUAGAUCGAGCAACAAUACAGUGGUCAUUAUCGGUGACAGGACCAGGGUUCAAAAUCAGAACAGACAGGUCCAGCAAACGAUGUACGCAAUCCCAAGGAAUCCUAUGAUUCACCAAAAUACGCCUAGGUUAACGCAUUACAUAGAGGAGCCGAACGUGGGCCCUGGUUACAUAAAAGAAUUGUGUUUCUCCGCCGAUGGUCGAUUGAUAUGUUCGCCGUUCGGGUACGGUGUACGAUUGUUGGCGUUUUCCAGCGACUGUUCGGAAUUGUCAAAUUGUGUACCUCCCUUUAACGAGUCCGUGCAGCUGCACGAGCUGGCGACAAACGUCAGCCACUCGGGAAUCGUGGUCAGUACGAAAUUUUCUCCAAGGCAUUGUUUACUCGUGUCCGGCUGCCUUAGGGGAAAGAUAGUUUGGCACGAGCCAGUAAUUUAG